CUAUUUGCUACUUCUAAAGAUAUCAGCCGGCAACACUGAGGACACCACUGCUGCGAGUAUGCUUCGAGUAUCGGAAUUCCGAAGGUACACGUUUAUCCUUUUUUUAUUUACGUCGUUCUCCGUCUGUCUGUCAUCCUGCUUAGAUUUUUUUUUGAAAUAAUGUCCCGAUUUUACAAGUUAUCACAUAAAUUUAAUUGUUUUUACUUAACAGGCCUGAAAAAGCAAGAAUGCAAGCCAUUCAUCGUGGAAGGGUUUCAAGUAGGCCUAAUAAGGCCAGAUGUUAUGAAGCAGUUGUUAAAAUACCCAGAAGUGUUCCUGAUCCAUUCUGGUUGUGUCGAGUUGAAUCCAGCAUUUAGAGACUACCAAGAGAGAAGUAGCAAAGUUGCGCCAGUUUUAGAAGACUUGAGGGAAAAAAAUGUGUUUGUCACCCUGAGAGGAUGGAGGGAUGAGUGUUAUGAUGUGAGAACUGAGUUCAACUCUGAUGGUUUGUUGGAAAUGGAGAGAUCAGCAACUUGCUUGUUUGGAAUCCGACAGUAUGGAGUAUCAAUUAAUGGAUUUGUCAGGCAUCCGCAGAAAGGGUUGUGCAUUUGGUUCCAGAAGAGGGCACUUACUAAACAAACUUGGCCUGGUAAAUGGGACAAUAUGGUGAGUGGAGGCUUGGCUGUGAACACUGGUAUUCUAGAAACUGCACACAAAGAGGCAGCUGAAGAAGCUUCACUAACGCCACAAUUACUUGCAAGCCUGAAAAGCGCUGGAUCUGUUUCAUUCUUUUUUGAAGGAGAAAGAGGCCUGUUUCCAAACACAGAAUUUGUGUUUGACAUCGAAUUGCCAGCUGAUUUUAUCCCCGAGAACGCCGACGGUGAGGUGGAAACGUUCGAACUGAUGGAAGUCAAAGCCUGCUGCGACAGAAUCGUAUCUGAGGAGUUCAAAACCACCAGCUGUCCUGUUACAUUAGAUUUCUUGAUCAGAUAUGGGCAAAUUAAUCCAGAAAAUGAACCCGACUACUUGAAGAUAAUCGAACUAUUACACGUUCCUUUGCAGUCGAUUUACACGCUAUGUCGUUCAGAUAGUGAGAUAAAAACGAACGGCAUUACCUCAAAACAAUAAGCGUUACUUUAAGCAUCUAAGUCAAAUUUGUGAUUUUAUUUUUCCUUUACUGCUUUUAUUCAUCACACUAGAGUGUGGAUUUUAAUUUGCACAAUUGUAGAUCAUGUUAAAUAACAAACAAUAUUCACAUUGUAUAGACUGAGUUACAAGGGAAUUAUAUUUUUGCGGGCAAAUGAAAAGGAUUCUCAUCUAGAGAUAUUUGAAUGAAGUUAAAAAGAUAAAAAUGGUCUGUAGAAAAGUUGCAGAGCAUGAAAAGAUCUUUAAAACUAGACUUUAUAUUUUCUAUUUAUUGCCGCGGUUUUGUCGCUGAGCAGCUCGUCAAGAAAGACAUUCAAGGUCUCAGGUCCCUUUUUUUUUGCAUUUUAUGUGCAGUCUUUCUUCAAUCGGAUCUUGUUAACAAAUGUAAGUACAGCUCUCAAAUUAUGUGUGAAUAUUCCUCUUUUAUGGGACAAUGAAACGAGUGAUUACUUCUGUUCUUAUCACUUUUCCUUUUCGAAAAAUCUUUGAUUUUGUUGAAGCCUCGUCUCGCAGCAAGUUGAGUUUUCAAGAAAAGCAAAGCUUUUUCGAAAAGGAAAAGUGAUAACAAAAGUAAUCACUCAUUUCAUUCUUCCAAUAUUCAUACACAAUUUCAGAGCUGUACUUAUAUUUGUUAACAAGUUCCGAUUGAAGAAUGCAUUUUUUGACAAAAAAUGGAAACAUUGUUUUUUAGUCAUCUCUAGACACAUCAUGAAAUCAUCAGAUGAAAAGGAUUUAGAAUACUGCUGCAAACACGCAGUUGAAAAAAAAUCUAAAAAAGGGGACAUGCCUCCUUAACAACAAAGUAGGUGAAGGUAUUUUUAAUAGUAGUAGUAGUAGUAUAUUUAGCCAAAUUUAAAAGUUUUUUAAUACACGCAAAAAGGAGUUGGGAAUUUGACGAGUCUUUUCACUUACCGUCAAAAAAUAUAACGUAAUCCGUCUAUACGAUUUUUUCUGAAAUUGUAGAUACGCUGGUCUAUAGUGUUUUAUACCAAUUUUAGAUUUAGGUAUUUAUCUAGUAUUACUAUUUAACCCCGUAAAUGUAUUCAGAUUUAUUUUUUGUUGAUGUUCUAUAAUAUACCAUGCGAUUGUGAUUUUUGUAUCUGUAAUAAAUUUUACGUACUUAUAUUGUGAUACUAGGUAUUUCAGGUGUAUUCAAAUGGAUAAUCAAUCAACGAAUGUUUAUUACAUAUACAGUCAAAAUAGAUUUGUGUCUUAUUUCCCUUGGAUUUUAACAAUGUUCACUUUUAACGAAAUUUUCCGACCAUUUCACUUUUUUAGUAAGGAAGUAUUUAAAUCGAAAAUGAGAGGUUUUGUUUUUCUUUUUUUGAUAAUAUAUGAUCUCCCUGUAAGAAUUCGCCCUAUAGCCCCACGGUACCCCAUGAGCGUUUAGGCCUUCAUGGUAGCUGGAAACAAAACUACAC